CCAAAUUUUAAUGUUACGUUACUGGGUAUACAAAUGGAACGUUUCAAAUAUUAUACGUAACAUGCAGAUUGUUUCAUCAGUCUUAUAGAGUCAGUCUUACAAGUUCUUAUAACCACUGCAUACUACGUGAUGGCAAUCAUCAAAAGACUUUUGGCAGCAGUCAUAUUACUUCUCAUUAGCCAAGGCGUUCUUCUUCAAGAUAAUGAAACAGUAAAUAGUCAAAUAGUGGAAGAUUCCAAAGAAAAUCUAUUUCGUCUACGACAGAAUGUUGUGCCCAUCCAUUACGAUAUAAAACUAAUACCUCAUAUUGUGGAAAAUAAUUUUACCACUAAUGGCGAAACGAAUAUCGAUGUUGAAGUGCGCGAAUCGACAAAUGCCAUCGAAUUGCACGUUGUAGACCUCACAAUAGACGAAUCGCUGACGAAGCUAACUCGCAAAGGCGUAGAUGUAAAUUCUAAAUCGGAGUAUGUUCCAAAGCAGCAUGAAUAUAAUUCCUUAACACAAAUUUUGACGCUACGAUUUGAAGAAUUAUUGAAUCCUGGAAUUUAUACGCUGCAUUUCACUUUUAUGGGCGUGAUAUAUUCAUCCCGUGAUGUUGGGCAUGGGGUCCGACGCGGAUUGUAUAGAAGAUCUUACUAUAACGACAAAGGAAACAAGAUGUGGUUAGUAGUAACACAUUUUCACUCAGUCUACGCGCGGCAAGCAUUUCCGUGUUGGGAUGAACCUGCCAUAAAAGCGACCUUCAAAUUUUCCAUCAAGCACUAUCCUAAUUAUACAGCGUUAUCGAAUAUGCCAUCCAUGCGAUCGGAAAUUGACGAAGUUGAUGGAAAAUUAUGGACAUACUUCGAGACCACUCCUAUUAUGUCUACCUAUUUAUUAGGAUUCGUGAUCGCUGCAGAUUAUAAUUAUGUCUCAAAUUUGGACGGUAAUAUCAAAAUAUGGGGCCCAAAACACCUUCUUUCUCGUGCCGUAUGUUCUCUUGACAUUGCUGAGAAAGCAACGCAGGAACUCGACAAAUUCACCAAUAGCACCGUUCCUUUACCAAAAAUAGAUCAUGUUGCCAUUCCGAAUUACGGCACUAGGGUCACUGAAAACUGGGGUAUGAUUCUUUAUAGACAAGAUUUACUUCUUGGAGACAAAAGAUUAUAUUCAAUUAAUAACAAAUGGGAUAUUAUGACAAUCACUCACGAAGUAGCGCAUCAAUGGUUCGGAAAUUUAGUCAGUCCAAUUUGGUGGAAAUAUCUUUGGUUGAGCGAAAGCAUUACGACAUAUCUACAAUAUUACAUUACUGACAAGUUUCUUAGAGGAAAACAAUUGAUGAAUUAUAUAGUAGUGACUGAUGAACAACAUAUGCUGUAUAUAGAAUCAAAUUUAGCCACCCCAAUUCAUAGAAAUAUUAUUGGUCAAGUAGAUAUUUUUAAUCCAUAUGCUAACAGAACCAAUGAAAAAUCAAGGAAAUCUGCUUAUCUCCUGCGAAUGUUAUCGCAUUUCUUGAGGGAAGAUGUGUUUCGAAACGGCUUAAUAAAGUACCUUCAAGCACAUAAAUACAGCAGUGUUACACCAGACGAUUUAUGGAAGGCAUUACAAGACGCUCUUGAUGAGUCAGAUGUACCGCAUGACGAUUUUAAAGUAAAGGACGUAAUGGACACUUGGUUCAAACAAGCGUGGUAUCCUCUCGUUACGGUUCAUCGAGAUUAUGAAACAGGCGAAAUCAAGAUGACGCAAGAAAUAUUUAUACCAAAAAACAAUUUUAACUAUAGAGGAAACAAGGAAGAGGCAUGGUGGAUACCUAUAAAUUUUGCAACGCAAAGCAACUUUUUGUCAGACUUCUCGUCUACGUUAGCCACCCAUUGGCUGAAACCUCAUGACAAGAAUAUAACAAUCAAAGGAGUACAGAAGGAUGACUGGAUUAUUGUAAAUAAGUACAUGACAGGAUUUUAUCGUGUAAAUUACGAUACAACUAAUUGGAAAAGGAUCGCUGCUUAUCUUAAUUCUGAUAACUACAACAUCCCAGUUCUGAAUUGUGCCCAAAUUCUUGACGACGCUUUCAACAUGGUGAAAACUGAACGGCUUGAUUUAACUACUUUUGUUGAAAUUAUAAAUUAUUUGUCACGCGAAACUCAUCCUGCACCAUGGUGGAGAGCUCUUAAGAACAUUUGGGAAUUUAAUGAUUAUUUGCGAUUACCGGAAGGAGAAGCAGUCCUAAAACCAUAUUUAUCGAGUUUAAUGCGUAAACUAUUUGAUCAUAUCAUCCCCGACGAUAAUCCUUUUACUGUUGAUCUUUUUACUGAAAAUCUUAGAAUGCAUGUGUACAGAUAUGCAUGUGUAUAUGGACUUUCGGAUUGUCAAGCAAAAAUUACUUCUAAAUUACUUGCAUAUGUGGAAGACCCAAUCUCAAAUAAUAAACCGUUAUUCCAACAAGAAAAUUUGUAUUGCUUUGGUCUUAUAAAGGCGAAUGAAUCUCUUUGGGAUCAGUUUAUACAAGCACAACAGAGAACAUUCAAAUCUUAUACGCAGUUUCUUGGUUGUUCAGAGAAUUUACACAUUCUUGAAAAACAUUUAAAUUCUUAUUGCCAAUAUACAAGAAGAUACGAUGAUCUCUUUAAUAAUAUGUUCUCAAUUUUUCCAACUACUGAUGUAGCGAUUAAAUUUUUUAUUAAUAAUCACGAGAAUAUCCAUGAACCUUUAAUUCUUCAGAGAAUCAUUGACAAUAGUUUCAGGGAAGAGGAACUUGACAAGAUAAAAGCAUUUGCUAAACAAUAUGGAAUUAAUAUACAAACGGAUUUAAACAACAGGAAAGCAGUCUUAGACAAAAUGAAUAAUAAUUUAUCAAAAGUUCUGGAUGCUUUAAAAACUGUACAGUCUAAUCUCAACACAUUCAGCAAUGAUACGUCAUAAUCAGAUUUAAUCCA